UAAGAACAAGUAGUCAGUCACAGGCAGGCUAUUCUGGUCGUCAAAAAAUUAUGACAUCGACAACCCCACCUCCUUAUCUACCUCUGUCAGCAAAGAGCUCUCCACAACAACAACAGCUGCAGAGUAACCUUGGCAGACCUACUGGUCCUCAUCAUCCCCACUAUCAGCAUCAUUUUCAUCCUCACCUUCAGCAUCAGCAGCAACAACAACCGUAUGCUGGGGACAGUGACUCGGCGCUGGGUUCCCCAGAUGGUGACAUCAGAGCCAGUGGCGGGGCAGCAACUUAUGCCCUUGACCUGGUAGACAACAGAUAUUCACCAGCACGUCAGCUAGACAAGCACAGUCCCUCACCGCCGCACCCUGAUGUUGCCCAACACGACCUCAUGGCCAGGCUGGGUGACCUCUUGGAUGUCCGAUCAGCCAAUCAGCUGCAAGAGCAGGGGUCACAUGGUUAUACUCUGACCAAUCAGAGAGAAGACUUCUACGCGCCUGGAUCUGAUGGCACCGCAGACAGAGGUUUUGCAGACGCCAGCCCCCUCUCUACGUUGACAGCCUCCUCGGGCAGCGACCGUGGACAGAACACCCUGCAAACCCCUUAUGCGGCCCCUUUUCACAGUCGAGGGCCCAGCGCGGACAGCAUCGCCUCCAUGGGAUCCCUAACGACCAGCCACAAUGUCAGUCCGCAUGUGACCUUCAACAACAGGCCUCAUUCUAUCACUACGUCUUCACCCGGGGCCAUUGAGGACCUCCAGAUUUUCAGGCGGGCAAAGCACCGAAGGUCGGUGCGCGCUACCAUUGGUUACCCGGAGGACUCUAAAUUGCGGAUCCAGCCUAUACGACCCCCUCAACUGAACCUGACCCCAAUCCCCUUUGAGGUGCCUCACCCAGAGGGUCAGGCCAUGUUUAUAGGGCGGGAGUGGGUCUUCAGAGACAUUGACCUGUCGUUGAAUGGUGACCAUGCAGUGACAGACCAGCCCUCAGGCGUUAUCAUCGUUGGUGGAAUGGGGACAGGAAAGACCGCCAUUGUCGAGCAGCUAGUGGCGCACAGCUGCUUUGGGGAGGGAAAUGCGGCACUUGUUUCUGCACCAAGUAGCCGCCAAGCGACAGAUCGACUCCACAAUGGCGUAAACUACAGCCCAAACUCAACGCUAAAUCAAAACAAGAACCUCAGUGGAUCCAACACUAGUCUCAACUACGACGCGCUUCGAACGCUCGGCUCGCAGGUUGUGGCGUAUCACUACUGCCAAUCGGACGUUAACACAACUUGCAUGGUGCCGGAAUUCGUUCACAGCCUCGCCGGAUAUCUAGCGAGCGCUCCAGCACUGGUCUCUUAUCGGGAGAUCCUUUUACAGGAUCCACAGCUUCAACACACAUUAAGCGUAAAGGAGUGCCUUCAAAAUCCUUCAAACGCGUUCGUUAAAGGUGUUCUAGAGCCUUUGGAACAAAUCCGGCAGUCGGGUAAAGUUGAUGCCGACACGUGUUUAAUUGUGAUAGAUGGUUUGAAUGAGGCGGAGUUUCAUAAACCGGAUUACGGCGAAACGAUCGCCUCGUUUAUUGUGAAUCAUAUAAACAAGUUUCCGUCGUGGUUAAAACUGGUGCUUACGGUGCAUACAAGUAUGUUGGAAAUAACGAACUCGCUGCCGUUUCCUCGUAUUUAUAUCGAUAAGGGCGAGGGUAACGAUAUGCUGGUGAGGGAUCUACAGGAAUACGUGAAUCACCGGGUGCAAUGCUCGGUGCAAAUCAAACGCAAUAUGGCCAUGAAAUCUCUCGAUGCGACCACCCAGGGCAAGCUAGCGGCGCAUUUACAGACGCUCAGUAACGGGUCUUUCCUUUUCUGCAAGCAGACCCUGGAUUUAGUCGAACAAGGGCACGUUGUGUUGAAGAGUUCCAAUUAUAAAAUUCUGCCAGUGACUUUAUCGGAAGUGUUCUUAUUACAAUUUAAUAUAAGAUUCCCGAGUGUUCGCUCUUUUGAGAAAGUGUCGCCAAUUCUCGGGAUCGUGUUGGCGUCACUUUAUCCUCUUAACGGUGAUGAGAUUUUCGAUGCCUUAAAUUCGGGAUUUACCGAUCGUUACGUUUCGAAGGAGGACUUUCAGCAAAGGUUGGGGCAAAUGUCCGGACUGUUAUAUCACAGAAAGGACAACAGAUUCAUGUUCUUUCAUCCGGCAUUUCGAGAAUGGCUCAUUCGAAGGGAUGAUCAUGACACCAACCAAAAGUUUCUCUGUGAUUUGAGACACGGCCACGCCCUGCUAGCGUUCCAUCUCUCCCGGUGCGUGGCGCCGCUCUCCCCGGAGCGCACAUUGGAGCUGGGCCACCACAUCCUGAAGGCCCACAUCUACAAGAACAUGAGCAAGCAGCGAGGCUACUCCUCACGCGACAUGCAGGCUCUCUGGGUCGCGCUCAGCGCUGACAAUCUGAGCGCCUCCCUCGUGUGUGAGCGGAACCUGUUCUCGCCAAACGUGAAGGUCAGUCGUCUAGUCCUGCUCUCAGGCGCCAACCCGAAUACGCGCACCUUACACGAAGAUAACUCCCCAGUGCUCUGUAUCGCCGCUAAGGAAGGCUUCUGUGACAUGGCCUCGCUUCUGCUCGAGUUCAACGCCAACGUGGAUGCUGUUUCGGACACUGGGAUGUCCGCGUUGUGCUACGCAGCCAGCGGGGGUCACACGGACAUCAUCAAGAUGCUGUAUCUGCGGGGGGCCAGGAUGAACCAUGUGGACAACAGCGGCCAGUGCGCGGCGGUUCACGCCUCCGUGAACGGUCACCUGGACACCCUGGUCUACAUACUGCAAUGUGAUUGGCCGAUGGAAGGUCAGGUGACCCAGAUAGAGGCCAUGCAGCAGGCGCUGAUCGUGGGGGCUGCCAUGGGGCAUAAAGACAUUUGUGAGUUCCUUCUACAUUGCAACAAGAACAGACGGGACGAUUUUGGUGUUGAUGCAGUAGAUACCCUACUUGGGGAAACAGCCCUAACAGCAGCCUGCCUCAACGGUCGCAAGGAGAUCAUAACAUGGCUUCUGGACAGGGGAGCUAACCCAGAAGUGCCCAACCAGAAGUCGUUCUCUCCCCUGCUGUGUGCAGUGGAGGCGGGAAAGUGGGACAUCGUGGACCACCUGCUGUCAUUGGGGUCGUCGAUCGAGCAGACAGACAAACAUGGCCGGACGCCGCUGAUGAUCGCGGCAUACAAGGGGCAUAUUGGGGUGCUGGAGAUGCUGUUAUCUAAAGGUGCCUCGAUCCACAAGACUGACAACGAGGGUCUCACGGCCCUGUGCUGGGGCUGCCUCAAGGGUCACUUGCACAUCAUCCAGUCCCUGCUGGACCGAGGUUCAAACCUUCACCAUGCUGACAGGUGCGGACGCAGCCCUCUGCAGCUGGCAGCAUUCCACGGCGACGCACAAGUGGUACAGUACCUUAUAGACUGUGGAGCCCAGAUUGAGCACGCAGACCUGAACGGCAUGCGAGCGGUAGACCGCGCGAUAGAUCGACGAAACACCUCGGUCGUAGUGUGCUUUCUCCGUAAGGGCGCCAAAUUAGGUCAGAUGACAUGGGCGGUGGCGGCGGGGAAACCAGACGUCAUGUUCCUACUGCUGAACAAGCUGAUGGAGGAUGGCAAUGUCUUAUACAGGAAAAAUCGUAUCAAGGAUGCAGCUCAGCGUUACCAGUACGCACUGAAGAAAUUCCCGGAGGAUGCGACCACAGAGCGAGACAGCACAUUCAAGGAAAUCAAGCGCAACUUGAUGUUGAACCUCUCCAGGUGCAAACGCAAGAUGAAUGACUACAAUGGUGCUGUUGAACUUGCAACCAAGGUCCUUGAAAUGAAGCCAUCAUGCUUUGAAGCCUACUACGCAAGGGCAAGAGCAAAGAGAGACAAUAGGCAGUUCUUAUCCGCAAUAGACGAUCUGAAGGAAGCCCUAAAGCUUGCGCCAGCCAACGAGGAGCUCACAAAACUGUUGAUUCGUGUGCGUGAAGAAUAUGGCGCUCAGCACAAGCUUGAACCUGGAUCAAACAUUUCCGGUGACCCCAAUAGCCAUCUUGAACGCCGGUCUUCAAACGAGACUGCUUUGUGACUGGAAGACCGGCCACUACAGCGUUAUGAUAAGAUUUGAACACUGGCCAUUACAGCGUUAUGAUAAGAUUUGAACAUAGACUUUGAAGACAGGCCAUUACAACGUUAUUAUAAGAUUUGAACAAAGAUCUUGAAAACUGGCCAUUACAGCGUUACGAUAAGUUUUAACACAGACUUUGAAGACAGGCUAUUAUAAAGGUAUGAUAAGAUUUAAACACAGGCCUUCAUCUUGUUAUGACAGAUUGGACACAGAUUUAGCCUUUGCCACUAUGACACGAAACGGCAUUACAAUAGACAUUUAACACAGGCGUUUAUUGGGCUUUGAUCUUUUUUGAACGAGUUUAUUCCUGGUAAAACAAGCUUUAUGAUAUGUAAAAUAAUAAUAAUAAAUGAUGAUAAAAAAAUGUGUUACUAUUACCUAAAAUAGAAAUUACUACAAUUAAAAAAACAAAAAAAAAGAGCUUCUAUAUUUUCAUAUUCACUUUCCAUUUUUCAAAAUAGGAAUUCCCAAGCUUUAUGAGGAACAAAAAACUUGAGACAACUGGGCCUAUAUUCACUAUCAGAUUUAAAUUAAACCCGAUAAUGAUUUAAUAUGUUGAACAAACGGAAUUAUAUUUUAUUGUUGUAUACAACAAGCCUUGAAUAAUUAAAAGUAUGCAUGAAUCAAGUAAUGCAAACAGACCACCAAUUGACAGCAAACUGGUUUUAAAACUGUUUUGUCUUGACCAAUAGUGCUAUAACAUGUGUUUUUUUACAUGGAAAUGGUUACUGUGUUGGUAUAAGAUAUAGCUCGGACACUUGUCACAAACAAAAUCAUACAUUUAAUACAAAACAAUAUCUAUAAAUAUAGAUAGUAAACAACUUGAGGGCUUAUUAAUUCCUUUGCAUGCUGGGAAAUUUGUCGUCUGCUAAAAUGUCGUCUGCUGAAUUUCUAAAAUUAGCAUUUUCUUCGAUUUUUUUUCAAAGAAUACUAUCAGAAUAGCAAACAGUUUGGAUCCUGAUGAGACGCCACAUUCUGUGGCGUCUCAUCUGGAUCCAAACUGUUUGCAAAGGCCUUUAAAAUUCGCUUCCAGCGCUGAAAGGGUUAAUGAUGGUAUCAAUUUAAUUUGUCUGAGCUAUAUAAUUAUUAUUUAUCAUCAUAUGUAUUUGCUUAUGCCUUAGUCAAUAAUUAUAUGAACUGUGCCUUUGUACAUUUGUUUUCAUAUUAAAAUCUAAUUACACAUUUUUAUAUUCAUAAGAUGUACAACAUGUAUAUAUAGUCAAUCAUGUGUGAAAAUGGAUACUGUUUGUAAUUGCUUUAUAGCACAUAAUAAGCGCUUUUCGUUGUUUGUUAGAUAUUUCGCUAAUGCAGUAAAUGCAUUUGUUAUCCCUUCUAAUGAAUAAUAUUAUUUUCGAAGUGUGAGUAUAUUGUACAGAAAAGUUUUAGAGAUUGUUUGGUUGUUUUUAAAAGAAGUAUUUGAUUCAUAAAAAAUGAAUCAUGUGUUUUACCUUCUUUUGAUUUCGUAAUUGGUUUUAUCGUUAUAUUUACUUGUGAGCAAGCAUUUUAAGUGUUGCGACGUUGUUUCGAUGUUUGUGUACAAACUUCUUUGCAAAGUUUCGGUUGUGACAUUUAAAAGUUUAAUUAUUUAAAAAAAAUGAACGAUUAAAAAAGUUUCAAAAUA